AAACCAUUUCCCUUAGAUCCCGACUUCCACUAACCCCGUCUCUCUCUCUAAAGCCUCAGUCCCACUGCCCAAUAAAACCUGAGGCACCACCAUUUUUAGUGAGAAUCUAUUUUCAAUACAGCUGAGUAAGGGUCCGCUCUUUUUUAUAAAGGGACCAGGGCCAAAGCCCGAGCAAAUUUACGUUCCGAUUACUAGGUUCUUCUCAUCCUGAUUCUACAGUAGAAGAUGGAUGGAACUUUGUCAUGGCUUUGACAAAGAUGGAUUUAGAAGGCAAGAAAUUUGGUAGAGGGAAAGUCUGCAAAGCUCCGAUUGGAUUAAAAAGGGAUUAUGUGCAUCAGUGGAGAUGCGUGAUAGUAUGUUCACAAGGGCCCAGAGAGCUCACAGGUGCUGUGGAUCUUUUGAAUCACUACAAGUUGUGGGCACACCAUGAUUUCUUUUGCAAGAGAUCCUUGCCUUUGUCCAUUUCAGAUACACAUUAUCUUCACAAUGUUGUGGGAGACACAGAAAUCAGGAAAGGGGAAGGAAUGGAACUGGAUCAACUUUUCCACACCACGUCAACCUUGAGGAAUCUGGAUUCGCGCAUACGGCCUUUUGACUUGGACACUCUGAGACAGGCAUUUCAGCUCAGAGAAACUGAACCAAUUGAACUACCUGCUGUCGAAAAAGGAACCCUCACUUUUAGUGCGAAAGCAAAAGUUGAGAGCACUGACAAAGAUAGAAAGCACAAAAAACACAAAGACAAGGAUAAAGAUAAGGAGCACAAGAAGCACAAACGUCGGCACAAAGACAGGAGCAAAGAUAAAGAUAGGGAGAAGAAAAAGAAGGAUAAAGGUGGGAGCAAUGGUGAUGGUGAUGAGAAUCAAAAAAAGCAUCAGGACAUGAAAAGGAAGCACGAUGAUCAUGACGAGUAUGGUGAUAUUCACAGGCACAAGAAAAAGAAGCAUAAGAAUGCCAAGGUGGAUGAUGUUGGCUUAACAAAGGAUUGAAGCGAAGAAAUCUAUGUUCGGAUUGUUGUCUCCAUAUUUGGUGAAGUGAAGAUGGGAAGGGGAUAUCUUGUUAUUGAUCCAGACACUAUCAGUUUGUUUUCCUACCAUAUGUUUGGCCUGAUUGCCCACUGCUUUUUCUGAGUUGUUCUAGGAUUGUGAACUCUCUCAUCUACUUAUUGCCUCCCGUUUGUGUAGAUGGUCGCAGUUCUUCAGAGGAGCAAAGAGCCUUAUUAUCAAGAUGAGUGAUCCAGUGGUGUCUCAUUUCAAUUCGCCAAGGCUAGCGUGGGUGGCUUUGCCUUGUUGAAAGCCCCCCCUCUGUUUAUUUUAUGGGGUUUGCUUGUUGUAAUUGGGUUGAUCACUGAAUGGCCUGCAGUGGGGCUUUGAACGCUUCAUGUAAUUCAUUCUGAAGCUUUUUAUUCAUUUACAACAGCUCAUUUUAUGUGAUUCGGAUCAUCGUUGCAUACUUCUUCCAAA